UGAUAACAACAACAGCUCUGUGGGGUUCAGAGGUCAGUCAGUGAAGCAUUAACCAGCCCCAGUAAAUCCCUCUAAAUCAUCACGGGUUUCAGCUUUCCCUCAGAGCUCAAGGUCCAGCUCCAGAGAGCGAGCUGAUGUCCUCUCCAGCGGUGUUCCUGAACGAGCUCCCGGGAUGGUUCCUGUGGACGGGGGUCUUCUUCCCCGUGACGGCGCUCCUGCUGCUGCUCAUCGCUCUCCUCAGCUGGACUCUCAGAGAGAAGGAAGAGCUGGCCGUGACCCCAGACCCCUGGCACACACACUAUCAGCUGUGUUACGAGCCCCGCUGCAGACACAGGACAGAGAGGACAAGACCAGCAUGAUCACC